AUGCCUUUGCGACCCAGCCCGCCUUCUAGUGGACGAGUCCUGUCCUAUUGUGCACAGCAAGUUACAUCUUUCCGAGAGCACAUUAGCAUCAGUCUUUGUGUUUUUAAGGUAGGGGUGACUUCGAAUCCAGUUGUGCGGUAUGUAGACUACCGAAGAAAGAACUUUACGGCCAUGUGGGUUAUAUUUUGUGGGUCCAGUGUGAAAGAGAUUCACAUGUUGGAAGCCGCCCUUGUCAGCCUGUUUCACUCUUGCUCCGGGUGUCAAAACACACCAGGUAGUGGAGGUGAAGGUGCCUUGAACCGGGUAUCUUCUGUGCCACCCUACUAUGCAUAUGUAACUGGGGGUCGAGCUGAUCAACACUGCAGAGCCCCUUGCAGCCACGCCGUGGAGCUGGCCAAGGCCAGUGUUGAGGACUCACCGAAUGAUAUCAGCUUGCUGCCUCCGGCUUUGAGAGAGUUUGCCAGCAUCCGUGAAAAGGAUGCUGAGGAAGCAUGUCACAAACUUUUCAAGAAGUACGGCUUGACAGUUCCUGUCGAAAUAGAAACCAUCGAUGCUGGAAAUGAAGGGGAGCUCAAAAAGCUGCCUGUGGUCAAGAUUUCAACCUGGGCCAAAUACCUUUUGGAUUCUGGGAGGCUUGAGCAGCUGACUGGCGUACCGGAACCGGAAAUGGAACCAAGGCUGGAAGAAUUCUGGCAGCGGUACAGGAAGCUCUACCCAGAACAUCAGGUUUAUGUUUUGGCAGAGAAUCAGAUUGUGCGCAAACCCAACAUCAAAAGGGACCCCAUGGGAAUGAACUACAUUGGUUCAACGUGGAGCACACAUUUUGCAUUUGGCAGCCUUUUGCGCAGCUACAUCAACAAGGAUGCUUCCUGUCUCGACAAGCUCAUGGCUGCCUUUGGCCAAGAUAUGACCGAUCUGGCUACGCAGGGUGUUUGGAGCGAGAAUGGAGAGAAAAGACUUUGGAUCCAAAUUUUGGGGGUCAAAGGAGAUCUCCCAGCAUUGGGAAAAAUCGGCAACUUCGUGAGAAACUACAGCCGGGUGCCAAAGAAACCUUCGUCCAAAACGCCGUGUGUUGGCAUAUGUUGGCUAUGCAAAGCGGGGCAAGAACAUCCUGUCCAUAUUCCGUUUGAGGACUUCAGGCCAGCGGCGGCCUGGAAAACAACAGCUUUUGCUGAACGCCCCUGGCAGGAAGAGCCGCCAAUCUUGGCGGCGAUUCCUGGCUUGCCAGACAAGCCUGAGGCUUUUUUUGUUACGGACUUUUGGCACAACUUUCACAAUGGCUUGGGAAAGUUUUGGGUGGCGAAUGCUCUGGCCAUGUUCAUUUAUCGGGUUCAGAUUAUCCCAGAAAGAUCAAUCGAGAAGAAGCUGGAGUGGCUUUCUGCAGACUUUAUCAGCUAUUGCUCGCGAGUCAACAUCACACCGUUUAUGAAAGAGUUUACAAGGGACAACCUCAGUAUGGAUUCUUUCGACUCCUAUCCGCAGGGUUUGUGGAGCAAAGCAGAAGUCACCACCCAGACAAUGCUUUACCUGCAGGACCUUUGCGAGCGGUUCAUUGAGCCGCACACGCCGGAUAAGAUCUUUUCGGGCAUCGCCGAAGCCACCCGGUUGAUGAACACGUUCAUCUCCGUGCUCUACGGUGAGGGCUUUUGGAUCCCCGCAGAGCGGGGGGGACGGCUGGGUCGCAUGCUAGAAGCUUUUAUGGUCAUCUACCAGGCAUGUGCAAGUGAAGCUGUGGUGCGGGGAAUCAACAG